UCAUUCGUCCUGAUAUUAAUGACACAGCUAUCCGAGGCAGCGGCAGUUCCCCUGCACUCUCCCUCCCGCAGGCUGCGCUCAUACACUCUUCGACCAAUAGGACACGGGACAUACACUCACACACUCCUAUACUUAGUCUGGAGCCGCAGGCACAGAGACACACACACACACACACACACAGCUACACACACUCGGAGUUCACAUCGGAAGCGGUCGCAGACUCUUUUAUUUUACACACACGUUUAUUUCUCCUUGAACAAUCUCGCCAAGGGGAGAAAAAAAAAAAAGAGAAGGAAACAAAAUGAGGACAGAUGUGCUCGGCGUUUGUGCAAGCCUCCUGCUCGCGGCCGCCCUGGUGCCUCGCGCCAGCCGGGCAGCCGACUUCGCCAUCAACUCACACCAGCGAUGGGACACCAGAGGACCCUAUUCUUCAGAAGCCGGGACUCCCACCUCCUCCUGCCCCAUUAAGCUCCGACCCUCGGGCCAGUGCGGGAGCUCCGGGGCCAGUCCGGAGGAGGCGGACGACUGCCCGUACCAGCUCACCUUGCCUCCCCUCACCAUCCAGCUGCCCAAGCAGUUCAGGCUCCUGGAGAAGACCAUGAAGGAGCUGCAGAGCCUGAAGGAGGUCGUGAACAAGCUUAAAAGCGGGUGCCAGGAGUGCCGCGGGGCACGGGGCAGCGGAGCGCUUGGACAUCAUCAAGCCGACCAGGGACCACGGAUGCAGGUCCCCGUUCUGAGGGAUGCUGAGGAAGAAGUGAGACAGGACCUGACAGGACAGGAGGCGCAAGGUGGGUCCAGCCAAGAGGAGAGGGGAGAUGGGAUGGUCCCUGGAGCUACUGUGGACGUUGCCGGAGUGGGGCAUGCUUCUAUUUUGGGGAAAAUUACACCGAGCCCGAGCAGUAUGCAGGAGAUGCAGGUGAAGCUGAAUAGGAUGUCAGCCAGCCUGCGCAACGCCAGGAACCAGAUCUCGGCUGUGCAGGGGCGUCUCGAGGGGCUCAAUCUGCUCAACAUGGACAACGUGCAGGCUAUGGUGGACAGGCGGGUGGAGAACAUCAGUGGAGUGGUCAACAAACUCAGCUCCACGUGCACUUCCCAGUGUGCAGUGCAGAACACCCCACAGUCAGUCAUCUUAGCCCCUCGGGAUUGUUCGGACUACAAUGUGCUCGAGGCGAGGAAGAACGGUGUGUAUCGAGUGACCCCCGAUCCCCGCAACGGCACGUUUGAGGUCUUCUGUGACAUGGAGUCUUUUGGAGGCGGAUGGACCGUCAUUCAGCGACGCCUUGAUGGGUCGGUCAGCUUCAACCGCACCUGGGCAGAGUAUAAGAAAGGCUUCGGGAACCUAAGAAGUGAGUUCUGGCUGGGCAACGACCACAUCCACUUGAUGACCAAAUCCAAAGACAUGGUCCUUCGCAUCGAGCUGGAGGACUUUGAGGGUGUCCGGGAGUACGCCAAGUACGACCAGUUCUAUGUGGCCAACGAAUUCCUCCGCUACCGGCUGUCUGUCAGCGGAUACGGCGGCACAGCUGGGAACGCCAUAAGCUUCAACAAGCACUUCAACCACGACCAGAAGUUCUUCUCCACGCCCGACCGCGACAACGACAUGUACCCCUCCGGAAACUGCGGCGCCUACUACAGCUCCGGCUGGUGGUUCGAUGCCUGCAUGUCCGCCAACCUCAACGGGAAGUACUACCACAAGAGGUACAAGGGAGUGCGGAACGGCAUCUUCUGGGGAACGUGGCACAACAUGUCGACGGAGUACUACCCCACUAACUACCGGCAGGCCUUCAAAACCGUCAAGAUGAUGAUGCGGCCCAAGAACUAUGCUCCUUAAGGUGUGGGGGGGACAGGUAAAUGUGAACACAGCCAGGUGGACAAACACAAACAAAUACGGUCAAAACUCAUCCACGUGAGCAUAGGCGAGCAUUUUGCACACACAUAUUAGCAGACACAACGAAAAAACUAAACGGCACGUCCUUCAGACCACAUGAGUGCAGUGGCAAACAAGAUAAUUGAGAAGAAAAAAAAAUGUAACUGUGCUAUUACUUUUCCCCACUGCAGUGAGUGUGGCCUUCAAAGUGGUGGAUUAAAAUGAUGAUAGUAAAGGACAAUGGACUAUGAAUAACGAUGGCCAAAUAAAAUAAAAAUAAAAGACACACACACACACACACACACAUUGCAGUGCAAAGGCCAGCCUCCUGCAGGAGCUAUAAUGUUAUACGGAGGGUUAACAUGAAUGAUUUUUCACCGUUUCUCUGGCAUUUCUCCACUUUGCGUCCUGCUGCCUCCUGCUAUAAGCCCAGACACAGCACAGCACACUGUAGUAGUAAAAACUAAUGAGCUGCCACUUUUGCCGCUCUAAACGGUUUCAUAAUUAACAGCAGCCACUCAAGUGAGGGGUGUGAGGGCCGCGGAUACAGUUUGGAGUUGCUCAGAAAUUCAUUGGGUAACAACCUCAUGCUGGGAUUAGUGCUGUCAAACUGCUAAAAAAAAAAAAAAAAAAAAACUAUAGGAAGUCACAUUCUAGAAACUUUGGGCAGGCAGCAGUGCACCAGUAAUGAUGUCUGUGUCGUUUGUUUGAUUACACUGGGGAGAUUUUGCUAAUGUACUGUCAUCCUAUACAAUACAAAACAUCCCACUAUGAACACGCCGCCUGAUAUACAUUUCCAUCGGAUCAUUUCCUCGUGCAUUCUGCAUCAUUUGUGCUCUAGUGAAUCCUUUUUGCAAGCAGCCCGGGAGCAGAAACCUUCCAAUUGUAUUUCCACCUUUUAUCUCCAUGUGCGCUGAGCUGCUGCACGUUUCACCAUCUGUACCAUACUGCCGCCUAACGUUAAAAAACUGUAUAGCACCAUUUAAUUCAUUAUAUACACACACCGUGAAUGGGAAGGAUGCAGGACAUGUUUCGCUUUAAGGACGUGUACAGUAUUUAUUGUAUUUUGUGAGGUAUGAUAUCUUUUAUAUAACACAUAGAUCAUACAGUACAAGGUCUAAUUUGUUGACAUCCGAGCAACAAUAAAGUGUGCAUCAUUGUGACCAUUUACAGUAAUUAUGUGUGUAUUUGGAGCUUUGUGUGUGUAAAAUAUUGAUCUUUUCUAUCAUUCAUAUUAAACCGUCAUGCAAAAAGAUAUGCACUUUUUUAUAAAAAAAUAAAUAGAGUUCUAACUACAUUGCUGUGUAUAAUGCGUUGUUUGGUGAAACCGUAACGAUGUCUGCCCAACAUUAUGCAAGAUUCCUGAUGAACGUAUGCACAUUUAGCUUGAGUAUUCAUGAGAUCCCAGAGGAGUGGGCUAUUUGACGCCUGUAAAAAUUGAGGGAUGAGGUGGUGCACACCCGUAACAAAUGGGUUAAUUAGGCGCUGAUAAAACAAUUCAACUCAAAGAUGGCUUCAUUUCAACUUCACGCAAGAUAAAUGACCAAACCGCAGGCUUGUGACUUUAAUGUCUCUUCACUUUAUGUGACUGCCAAGUUAAUAAAAACAUACUAUGCUCAUCCACA